AUGGCUCGCCUCGCCCUGGUCGCCGCGGUGGCGGUCCUGGCGCUGCUGGCAGCAUCCGAGACGGCAUCGGCGGCGGUGAGCUGCAGCGAGGUGACCUCGUCGGUGGCACCGUGCCUCAGCUACGCGAUGGGCACCGCGCCGUCCCCCUCCGCGGCGUGCUGCAACGGGGUGCGCUCGCUCAACAGCCGCGCGUCGUCCACGGCGGACAGGCAGGCGGCCUGCGCCUGCCUCAAGAGCAUGACGAGCAGGCUCGGCGGCGGCGGCGGCAGCAUGGGCAACGCUGCCAGCAUCCCCGGCAAGUGCGGCGUCACCGUCGGCGUGCCCAUCAGCCCCAACGUCGACUGCUCCAAGAUCAACUGA